AUGACAGAUUGGGGAGUUGAGAUGGAUGGAAGGAGUGAUGUUGUGAUUACUACUGCUUUGGAAGCAAUGGCUCAAGCUUUGGAACAUCAGCCGAAUGUUAGUGAGAAUGUUGCGUCACGCAAUUUGGCUACCUUCCAAAGAGAGAAUCCACCUGUUUUCAAGGGAACUCGUGAUCUUGAUGGAGUAUUGACAUGGCUAAAGGAGAUUGAGAGAAUCUUCCGUGUGAUAGAUUGUACUCCAGAUCAGAAGGUUCGUUAUGAGACUCAUAUGCUAGUAGUUGAGGCUGAUGUCUGGUGUCUAGAGACUCGUCAAAGGUUGGAGGUUGUAGGUGAGGAGAUCAUUUGGGUUGUGUUCCAUAGGGAGUUCUUGAGGAAGUACUUUUCGGAGGAUGUCCGUGGAAAGAAGGAAAUCAAGUUCUUUGAGUUGAGGCAAGAGAAUAAGUCGGUUGUGGAGUAUGCUGCUAAAUUUGGAGAGUUGGCUAAGUUUUACCAAAAUUAUGAUGGACCAGAUGGUGAAAUUUCUAAGUGUAUCAAUUGUCGAAUUUAUGAGGAAGACAACAAUGCUCAUUAUCAGGUUAUUAGUGAGAAGCGGGGUAAGAGUCAACAAGGCCGUGGCAAGCCUUAUGAUGCUUCACUUGGAAAAGGGAAGCAUAAAGCUUAUGAGGGCAAGAGAACUAGUGGGGGGGAUGCACCCGCUAGUAUUAUGUUCUUCAAGUGUGGCAAGGCUGGCUAUAAGAGCAAUGUUUGUACUGCUGAUGUGAAGAAGUGUUUCAGAUGUGGUAAGAUGGGACAUACAAUGUCUGAUUGCAAGCAUAAGGACAUGAUAUGUUUCAACUGUGGCGAAGAGGGGCACAUUGGUAGCCAGUUGUAA